UUUAUCACGACAAACAACUAUUUAUCCAAAAGUAUUGACCAUUUGCAUGCUAUUCUUAACAAUCUUCAAAGUAUAGAUGGAAAAUUCUUGCACUGCGUUCCUGGUUUUUGCAGGAAUCAUGCUGAAAGUUAAGCGAAGAGCAACAGGCUCAGAUGAAAGGCGAAAAGUUCGUAAACGUGGUGUAAAAGAAGUAUCCACCAUCAUAAGUGAUCUGGGUCAAGGCAUGACCGAACAUCUCGGUCAAGAACUUACUGAAACGUUAUCUCCAAGCAUUAUCUCGAUCGCUUCAUUUAAGGGGGACAAACUGCAUUAUAAAAGCACUGGCAUAGUUAUUGAACAACGCCCAAGAGGUCCAAUUAUUCUCACUUCGUCAAAUUUGAUUAGAAGAUAUGAUGAACGCAAGCUCGUCUUCCCACCACUGAAGAUAAAGUUGCGCCUUCCAAAUAUCCAAGUGGUUAAUGGACAGGUGCAAAACCUGAAUUUGAGUUGCAAUCUGGUGGUUAUCACUGCUAGUUUCUCCCCUGAUCUUCGUGCAGUAUGUCUUGGUAACAGCGUGCAAGUUGAGUCGCAUACCAAGUUAUUAUCUGUAAAGCGUUGCUUCAACUCAGGAAAUUUGAUGGCCUCAAGUGGGGUACUCAUUGACCGUCCAAGUGGAGUUGACUGUGAAUCCACAUGCAAAAUCACUAAGGAUGGAAUUGGUGGCCCGCUCGUUGAUUUUGAUGGGAACAUUGUUGGGAUGAAUAAUUACUUUGAUAGCGACGUGACUCGAUAUAUACCAGCAAAUCAGAUCCUUAAAGACUUGUUGAGUAUAGGGUUGUGCCAAAUUAGAGAUGUAUUACAACCUCAUUCAAGACUCGGUUCGAAAGAUGUAGUACAACCUCGUUCAAGACUCGGUACAGAAGGUUUUGCAUCUAAGUUGGGAGUUAGAAUGAACAUUGUCACCACUGGGCAUAAUGAAGAGAUGGAGCUUGAUAAGCCACGAGCACCAGAAUCCACUGGGAAUGAAUGCAAGCAUCUGGGUAUUGUAGAUCCUUGGCCAUCUGAUGAUGCGGUAAAUAAGUUACUAACGGCUGACGGUUAUCCUUUGCCAAAGUAUGCUGAUGGAGGCAUGAGUUUGGAAGGUGACCUUGAAGAGGAGUUUAGAAUUGAUGCCUGGAGGAAAAAAACUAGAAGAAGAAUUGCUUUGAAGACGUGUCGAAGUGUUGUUGCACUUGGUUCAUUCAAUGAGAAGGGAAGGCAUUUUGCUUGCACAGGUGUAUUGAUAGACUAUAACCAGUCCAUAAGAGUUCCGACUUCAGCAAAUUUGGUUAGAAAUGGGAACGAGAUUGUGGAAAACUUAAGGAUUGAAGUGUGCCUUCCAAAUAAAAAACAUACCACAGGGACAUUGCAACACUACAGUUUACAAUAUAAUGUUGCUGUUGUCACCAUCAACGACUUGGAUGGUAACCGUGCAGCAAAAUUCGUCGAAGAGCCUCAAACCAAGAUAGUAGCUCUAGGUCGUGUCUUUAAAUCAGGCAACUUUAUGGCCACAAGGGGGGUUGUGACUGGCAAACAGAGCGGAUUUGAUUGCAAAGAGCUUAAGGUCUCCAGCUGUAAAAUCACUAAGGCUGGGAUUGGAGGGCCCCUUGUUGAUUUUAAUGGGAAAAUUGUUGGCAUGAACUUCUUUGACAUGGAAGAAACUCCUUACCUACCAAGUGAUAUGAUUCUGAAACUAUUGAGGCAGUUUGAUCUAAAAGGGACUGUCACUGCAGAAACUACAAAACCUGAGCCUUGCAAAAGAGUACCAAUGGUUAUUGCCUAUCAAUGA